AUAAACAAAGAGGCUACAAACAAAAUACUUAUCCCUACAAAUAAGUUAUUUAAAAAUUAAUUAUUUUACUUUUAAUAUAAAAUAAAAAUAACACUCUAAUUUCAAAAUAAUCAAAUAUAUAGCAGGGGCGACGGUUCAAGGUUGGGUGGCUGCACCACUGGUGGUUGGGGGUGGGUUGGUGAGAACAAUUGGACACCCAAAAUCCCACGUCUUGUCUUCUACCCACUUUUUGCUCUACCUAUUUAUUCAGCUUUUAUUUCUAAUAAAAGUUUUUCUUCCAACUAUACACUAAUCAAGAUUCCUCUUUUCUGAGAUCAGAUUUUUAUAUUUGGGAAAUGGAGUUCCUGGAAAGACCUGAUGCUCAGUUGAUUGUUGGAGUUGCUGUUGCUGUGGUUGCUGUUGGUGCUACAGCUUAUUUUUACUUGUCUUCCAAGAAGUCCAAAGUAUGUUUGAAUCCUGAAGAGUUCAAGGAAUUUAAGCUUGUUAAACGCACACAACUUAGCCAUAAUGUCGCGAAAUUCAGAUUUGAACUUCCAACACCAACUUCUGUAUUGGGGCUACCCAUUGGACAACACAUUAGUUGCAGGGGCAAAGAUAGUCAAGGUGAAGAGGUUAUUAAACCAUACACGCCAACUACUUUGGACUCGGACGUUGGAUAUUUUGAAUUAGUUAUAAAGAUGUAUCCCCAAGGAAGGAUGUCACAUCAUUUCCGGGAAAUGCGUGUGGGUGAUUAUUUGGCAGUAAAGGGACCUAAGGGCCGCUUUAGGUACCAACCUGGCCAAGUUAGAGCAUUUGGAAUGCUUGCAGGAGGCUCUGGCAUUACUCCGAUGUUUCAGGUUGCUAGAGCUAUUCUUGAAAAUCCUAACGACGCGACGAAGGUGCACCUGAUAUAUGCUAAUGUUACUGCUGAAGAUAUUCUUCUGAAGGAAGAGUUGGAGGGCCUUAGUGCUAACUAUCCUGACCGUUUCAAAGUUUAUUACGUCUUGAAUCAGCCUCCGGAAGAAUGGAGUGGUGGUGUUGGAUUUGUCUCCAAGGAAAUGAUCCAGGCUCACUGCCCAGCCCCGGCAAAUGACAUUAAGAUAUUGAGGUGCGGUCCACCACCGAUGAACAAGGCUAUGGCUGCUCAUCUCGAAGCCCUUGGAUAUUCACCGGAGAUGCAAUUCCAAUUCUAACUUCUUUUUCCCCGUUUUCAUUUGGUCCCUGCAUUAAAAUCAACCUCGAUUACAAGGGGUUACAUUUUAUAGUCCGGGAAAAGACAUUUACCAUUUUCAUUUUUCAGCGAAAGAGACUCAAAACCCAGCUUUCAAAUUUGAAUAACAUCCUCAUCCUUGAGUAAAAA